AAAGUGAUAGUUAAAGGACCAGCUGCUUCGAAGUCCUCAGGCUCAGUCUGUCCAGAGGGUUCAGCCUUUAGCUUUCUCCUUGGAACUCUGCUCAGGGGACUGACCUACACGCUGCUCAGGGACUUGUGCAAACAGCCUGCAGGGUAUCGAAACAUGCACGAACCUGGGAAGACAUCGGAUGCUAACGACUGGUGAACUAAACCAGGCAGUUUGAAAGAGACGAGGGAUGAGACAAACAUGCAAAACCCAGCACAUACGUGGGGCUGCGUAAACAGGAUUCCAUCUGCGACUUUAACCGUCUGCUGCAGUGUCCCUUCUUCACGCUAGAGCUCAGAGAGACCAUCCUCAGCUGCAAUCAUGUUGGCGACUCCCACAUCAUGUACCAUCUUGCAAAGGCAGUGUCAAGAGAUGACUGGUAAUUCAUCACCACCUAAUACUGAAGAAAUUAUCCAAUAUUUUAGGAUGAACAAUGGUAAACCUGCUGGGCCAUCUGUUGAGUCUGUGGGCAACUUUGACAUUAGUGAUACAUCCAGCCAAGGCUCCUCACCUGCACGUGAAACUCAGAUGUCUUGGGAGACAGAGGAUGCUGCCAUGCAAGAGGGUGGAUCACCGGCUUUCAGCAGGAGUGCAUCCCCAGUGCAGUUACCGUCUGACCCAAGAAAAGGCACAUACGUGGGGCUGCGUAACCAGGGUUCCACCUGCUACUUAAACAGCCUGCUGCAGUGUCUCUUCUUCACGCAAGAGCUCAGAGAGGCCCUCCUCAGCUGUGAUAAUUGUGACUCCGGUAUUGUGUGUCAGCUGAAAAAGCUGUUUCAAGAACUGAAGCGUAAUAAAUCAGCACCUUCCACUGAAGGGAUUACGAGAUGUCUUGGGGUGAGAGAUGUGCACCAGCAGCAGGAUGUUGUGGAAUAUUUCCGGAUUCUGAUGAAUAAACUCAUUGAGGACAAUGAAGGGAUUCAGCAGCUAUACCAGGUGGAAAUGGUCCAUUCCAUCACUUGCCAUGGAUGCAAACAUCAAACUAGAAUCAAGGAGGAUCCUGUCCUGAAUCUUGCUCUCUCUCUUGACAAGUGCAACUUGGAAGCUUAUUCUGUGUGUAAGGCUUUGGCUGCUGUAAAGAAAGUAAAUGAAUUUACUGGUGAUGAGCAGUUCUAUUGUGAAACAUGUGAAAGCAAACAAGAUGCCACCUCGCGCUGCUACUUUGAAACUCUACCCCAGAUUCUGGUUCUCAAUUUGAAGAGAUAUCAGUUUGAUGGUAACUGGUUUAGAAAGCUGAAUUAUGACGUGUCUGUGCCUUUUUCACUGACUGUGAAUUCAGAAGAGCAGCCUAACACACAGUAUGAGCUCUUUGCAAUUUGUCACCAUUCUGGAGGAAUUCAGGGUGGCCAUUAUGUGGCUGAGAUAAAGUCAUUUGAAAACGACUGCUGGUACAACUUCAACGACACCAUAGUGAGUGAGGUGCAAGAAGAAAGGACCUCAACAGGUGCCACAAACAGUUCCACUGCGUAUCUGUUAAUGUACCGCAUGGUGGCCUGUGAUGCUAAGCCAAACAGAAAUACUCAGUUCGAGUUCCUUCAGCGUCUUCUGACGACUGCAUCCAUGGCAAGUGAGCCUGCACCUGCAGCACCAGCUAAACUAAUGCAAGAAGCUCAACCGGAGCCUGAAAUAAAACACAGUGCAUCAGUGGAGAGCUGUUAACAGUCGAUGGAGACACUCCUAUCACCUGAAUCACUUCCAGUGAGACCAAGCCAAAGUUCAAAACCCUGCAAGGAACUAAUGUCUCCAGCAUCAGGGAAGCAGUUCCAGGCAGAGCAGGAAGCAGAUGAAAGCCUUAAGGGAGCUUGGAUGGCGGCACAGAGUGACCCACUGCCUCUCAGCUCUUCCAAAACAUCCAGGUUUGUUGUGGAAGGAGGACUCUUAGACACAGAAACCCUUUCUGGUUGGCACAAGAAGGACUGGCAUCCUCAGAGACAGUUGGUAGCUCCAACUAAAUAUACGGAAAAGUUCUUGAACUUAGCCCAGGAUCAGCCUAGUUGCCAUGCUGGGGUGAACAGGCCCAAGGACUGUUUGGGGAAGUCAUUCCACUGGGAGGGGAUGGGCAAGGAUGUUUCUACCUCUUGUGAGGUGUGCUAAGGAGUGGGAAAGCCCCAAGACCAGAUCAAGGCCCCUCUCCAGCCACGCCCCAUCACUGAGGUUCCAUUUCAGCAUGUAGCUGUAGAUAUUCUGGGUCCUUUUCCUAAGAAGACACCCAGAGGAAAGCUGUACAUACUGACUAUCAUGGAUUUUGCCACCUGUUGGCCAGAAGCAGUACCUCUAAGCAACACCAGGGCUAAAAGCGUGAGCCAGGCAUUGGCAGACAUUUUUGCCAGAGUAGGUUGGCCCUCCAACAUUCUUACAGAUUUGGGAACUAACUUCCAGUCAGGGACCAUGAAACAUCUUUGGAAAGCUCAUGGGAUAAACCACUUGGUUGCCACCCCUUACCACCAUCAAACAAAUGGCCUGGUGAAGAAGUUUAAUGGGGCUUUGGGGGCCAUGAUAUGUAAAUUUGUGAAUGAGCACUCCAGUGAUUGGGACCUAGUGUUGCAGCAGUUGCUUUUUGUCUAUAGGGCUGUACCACAUCCCAGUUUAGGGUUUUCACAGUUUGAACUUGUUUAUGGCCACAAAGUUAAGAGGCCAUUACAGUUGGUGAAGCAGCAAUGAGAGGGGUUACAUCUUCUCCAGGAACUAACAUUUUGGACUUUGUAACCAACCUGCAAAACACCCCCAAAGACUCUCUAGCUCUUGCUCGAGGAAACCUACAAAAUGCUCAACAAGAGCAAAAGCCCUGGUAUGAUAAACAUGCCAGAGAGCGUUCCUUCAGAGUAGGUGACCAAGUCAUGGUCCUGAAUGUGCUCCAGGCCAAUAAGAUGGAAGUAUCGUGGGAGGGGCCAUUUAUGGUCCAAGAGUGCCUGGGAGCUGUUCGUUACCUCAUAGCGUUCCCAGAUCCUACCCUAAAACCUAAAGUAUACCAUGUUAAUUCUCUAAAGCCCUUUUAUUCCUGAGAAAUCAAGGUUCUCCAGGAGACAGAUGAUGCUGAGUGACCUGAAGGAGUCUACUAUGGAGGAAAAAGUAAUGGUGGCAUUGAAGAGGUGAGCCUUUCCAUGUCCUUCGGGCGUAAGAAGUGACAGCAAAUCCAGGAGCUGUGCACCAGCUUCGUGCCAAUGUUUUCAGCCACGCCAGGACAGACAGAACGGGUGUACCACUCCAUUGACACAGAUGAUGCUCACCCAAUUAGAGUCCAACCCUACCGGAUGGCUUCUCAAUCCAAAACUGCAAUAGAAAGGGAAUCAAGGACAGGAUACAGAUGGGUGUAGUCCACCUCUCUAAGAGUGGAUGGGCCUCUCCAGUGGUUCUGGUUCCCAAACCAAAUGACUGACCAUGCUGCACUAAUGUGGCUUCACACAGUCGAAGGAAAUAACAAAAAACGUCUUAGAUGGAAUUUAGCUCUUCAGGACUUUCAUUUUGAAAUACAACACACCUCAGGAUCCUUUAACAAAGUGGCUUCUACCCUCUCCCGGAAAAGUUUCCUGGAAUCAGCCGGGUAAAACUGUCCUUGUAUUCUAAGUCAUUGCAGUCCUUGAAAUGUUAAAACUACUGUUUAGUUCUUCAUGUAAUUAGUAGUAAAAUUACAGGUGAAUGUAUCUUAUUAACUCUGUUUCCUAAACCUCCAGGAAGAAACCACAGCUGGUGUGGACCCAACCUGAACCAGGCUGAGCAGCACUGCCUGUGAUUUUGGGGCAGAAGGUGAUAAAUGAAGAGGGUGGCAAGUAGCUCUCUUUUAUGGACAGCCAGUUAGCUACAAAAUCCCUGUUAGUAGCUGUUCUCUACUUGCUUUACCUGUGAAGGGUUAAAAAAGCCCAUAGGUAAAAGCAAAGG